AUGUCUCAAAGUUUCAGUCGAGCGGAGGUUUCGAAACACAACAAAGAAGACGAUUUGUGGCUGAUUUUUAACGGCAAGGUAACGAUUUUACUUUUUAAAAUACGCAUUUUUGGUUAUCGUUCAGUUUGGUUGUAGAUAUAUACCCUAAUAGACUAAAUUUAAUGUUUCUCAGGUGUAUGAUUUGACGUCCUAUUACAAGCAGCAUCCGGGUGGCGAGGCUAUGUUGAAGAGAGCCGGAAAAGUAAGUUUUUUUGAUUACCGUUUGUGUUUUGUAAUUCUAAAGUACGUUUGUUUCCGAAAGAAAAAGAUUUAUAACUGAGCCCUGUGAUGUGCGAGGUAUGAAAAUUAGAAAAAGUUUGGGGUGAAAUACGCUGAAUAAAUGACGAUUUUUUAUCAGACUGCCGGGAAAAUAAUGAGCACAAUUUCGGUGCGGCGAUCAUGUCGCUGAAGUGAAAAGAAAUUUGAUAUUGCCGCGACACAAUUCAGUUUCUCCGCCGUGAUGCGAUUUUCGGUUCAACAGAGGGUUCAUUAUUUCCCGACAGACCGAUAGCACCUCCCUUCUGAAUUCAACUCACUCUAAAUCCAUCCAAAAUGUACUCAGUCACCUCCUUGACCGCCGCCAAUUUCCGAUCUCUUUUUUUCUUUUCUAGGCAGUCUUGUUUCCAUACAAACGCAAUCGAUUAGAUUUCUAAAAUACGAAAUUACCUUCAGUUGCAACUUGCAAGGCACAUUUGAAUUUGGCCUGUUCUUCGACAGGCACUUCGGCCAACAUGAGAUUCAACUUUUUCUCUUUAUCUCUAAGUCUUUUCGGUAGAAUAUCGCUGCGCCGAUGGGGUCGCUAAAUUUGAAAACAAUUUUAUUUUGCUGCGACACAAUUCAUUUUCUCGGCGGCCAUGCGAUUUUCGAAGCGACAGAUUGCUCAUUAUUUUUCCGACAGACUGGAGAUGAAGAGAAAAAGCCGAGUCUCAGUUUGGCCGAAGUGCCUGCCGCAGAACAAGCCAUAAAAAAUUCAGGCCAAAUUCAAAUGUGCCUUGCAACUGAAAUGAAUUCCGUAUUUUAGGAAUCUAAUCGAUCGCGUUUGUAUGGAAACAAGGCUGCCUAAUAAAGAAAACAGAGAUCGGAAAUUGGCAGCGAUCAAGGGGCUGGCUGAGUACAUUUUAGAUGGAUUUAGAGUGAGUUGAAUUCAGAAGGGAUGUGUUACCAGUCUGUCGGGAAAAUAAUGAGCUCUCUGUCACAUCGAAAAUCGCAUCGCCGCCGAGAAAAUGGAUUGUGUCGCGGCAAAAUCAAAUUGCUUUUCACUUCAGCGACUGGAUCGGCAAGAGCGCCGUUGUGCUCAUUAUUUUCCCGACAGACUGAUAUUAUUUCAGGACGUAUCGAUGGUCUUGGAGAACGUUGCUGCACAUGGCUUCGCCCUACAGUUUAUUCAUAAAAAGUUGGGCGAACUUUAUAUCGGCGACCUUGUAUGA